UAGCAUAGUACUUUAUAAAAUUCAUUAGAAUAUAAAUAUACAUUAUUAUAAUGAACACAUACAUACAAUCAAAUUUACACUUAUAUCAAUUAAAAAUAGUAAUUUAUUAUAAAAUAUUACCAUGACAUAAAAACAAAGUUAAAGCAAUAUUAUUCAAGAACUAUCUUUUUGCUAUUUCUAUUACUUCAUAAAUUUUUAAAAAGUGCCUGAUUAUUAUUAAGAAACUAAUAGAUUUUUCAUUUUACUCUAAUAUCUAAUAAAACAAAAUACAAUAUAUAUAUAUAUAUACAAAAAGUAUCUACUGAUAAAGAAGGUUGUGAUAUAAAAAUAGUAAUCAAAGAGAGAAAUGUGUUGCAAGUGCAAAAAUAUAUAUUUUGUUAUGUGUUCCUUAGAAUUUGUUUAUACUUAUUAGAAAGAACUUAUUACAUAAAUACGUACGAACUAAUUAAAAGGAAAUACAAAAUAAUGAGAAGUAAAACACAAAAUAUGCAAUUCAUUUUUAUGCAUGUCACAUCAUACUCUCAUUCAUGUUAAUCAGUCAUACAAGUAUUAAAACUUUAAUGAUGUACUUAAUCAUUUGAUACUACUUAAAAAGUAGAUCAAUAUGAGGAAAAAUUAAAUUUCUUUUUUAUAGAAGUACUUAGUUUUACUAAAUUAUAUUUUAUAGCAUAACUUAGACGAUGCAAUGGAAAAAGACACUCAUAAAUAUUGGUAUUGAUCGUAUUGUAAUAAUUUGCUUGCUUUUAAGAAUAUUUACUUGUAUAUAAUGCAAAAAAUUAAAUUCAAUAAUUUAAAUUAUCAUUAUGUGUAAAAGAGGUCUUUAUAUAAUAACAGAAUUGUAAAUAAUUGAUUAUCAACUGGUAUAUUAAUAAAAAACAUACAGAGGGAGCAUAUUUUUAAUCAGAUAAAUAGGUGUACUGUAACAGAGUGGCCUUAAAUGUAAAUCAUUCCAAAUAUCAUUUUUUACAUGAAUAUAUUGAAUAUUAUGGGAUAUCAAUACACGCCUAUUCGUGUAUCUACUCUGUUUAUUCUACAACAUGUUAAAAGUGUUGAAGUUUUUGAAUUUUAAUUCCAUUUUUAUGAAUGUUAUUUAUUAUCUAAUUGAGAGUUAGGUAUGAGCUAUAAUGUAUUGUAUAAUUAGUAGGCAUAAAAAUUAUGAAACAUGGCAAAUUAAGAACUUAUGCAUAUAAAAUAUCAUGUGCUCUUCCAUUAUUUCCUCAUUGAUUAAAAAGUAAUAGUGUGAAUAAUAUCACAUUCCACUUCUUUAGUACAAUGGAGCACAUAAUUUCAUCACUGCAAAAAAAAAUAUUUUAUACAUUCGAUGAAGCAACUUUUUUUUCUUGUGUAUAAAUAAGUGAUUUACAGAAAUUUACUCAGAUGUAUAAAUAAGUGAAUUACAGAAAUUAUAUUCAGUGCUUGUUAUUCAAUUGUUCUUUAUUAUAUUUAAAAUUUCACAUUAAAAUUAUAUUAUUUAAUAUAUAGUGAACAUAAAAAGUACUUGUAGAACAGUUAAUUUCAUCUUAUUACUUAUAUAAUUACAACAUAAUAUAAAGUUUAAGUAAAAUUAAUUGCUAUAUAAAUAUUUUUUAUGUUCACCAUAAAUUUUUGCCAUGGAUACUCUUUCUACCACUGUAGUAUUGAAGGUUUAACAUAUCAUGUAUCAUAUAUUAUACUCCAGAGAAUAUAACUUUUAUUUACGUUAAUAACAUUUAUAAUCAGUGUAAUUUGAAUAUAAACCAGAAUAUCUUUUAAAUAAAAUCAUGUGAAAAUUUUGGUGGACGGAUAUAGUAUAUGUAUAAAAUUAUCAUGUGUUUAUGUACACAGUGUGUCUAUAGAUGCAAUGAGUUAUGUUCGAUUUAACAAAGAGCAAUAAAAUAAAAUCUUAUUUUGUUAAUAUUAUGGAAAAAGUAAAUGAGAAGAAGGGAUGUAGAAAUCUCGUUGCUGAAUUAUUCUAUAAAUAUACUGUAUAUGUCAUUUAAAGCAAGCAGCUUUUGUACUUAAUUAGAAUAUAUAUUAAAGAUGUGAAAGAGUAUAUAACUUGAAAUAUAGUCAGUAUUCUGAUACCAUAUUACUUAAUAGAUAUUAAGAUUUUCAUAAAACACCUUAGUCAUUUGUUAUUUGUCAUAAAAGCCUUAUCAUCUCCAAAUUAUUUUUCAUAACAGGAAAAAAAACUAAUUUACAAAACGCAUUAAAUGAUUAUUACUAAUUAUAAUAAUGUAGUUAUUUUUAAUGACAGCUUAUAAUAAAAUAUUUUACUAUACUUUAUCAAAUUUAUUUGUCCUACUAUUCAGCAUCGUUUAAGCAGUGAUUAUGUUUUGGUUUUUUGAUAUAGUUACUAUGGCGCACAAACAAACAAUGUGACAUUUCUAAGAUUCUUAUUUAAUGAAUCUUACAUAAUGAAUCGGAAUUAAUCUUUCCAAAAAAUAACUUUAAAUAAUUAUAGUAGUCAAUGGAGAAAAAGAUAAAAGAUCACAAAUUUUAAAUAUUAAUACAUGAUAAAGGUAAUAGAAAAUAAUAGAGAUGUCUUAUGUAGAGCAUGGACCUCGUGUUUUCUUUACCGGUAGACAGAAUAAUAAUAUGUCAUUGGCUUAUGGUGAUUAUAUUGUACCAAAAAAGCGAUUAGAGGGUCGUUUAAAAGUGUACGAAUCUUGUUCAGAUAUUAGAGCUUGGAGUUCAAAUCCUUUAGAGACCUCACAAUAUUUUCGUGAACUUGCAGAACAUGCUACUCCGGUUUGUAUUGACAAUCAAUAUUAGUUAUUAUUUAAAUACAUCAUCUUAAGUUUGUUUAUUUCUUAUCUAAUAAUAUUAUAUAUAAUCAUACAUUCUAUUAUUAAAUUUUAAAUAUUUGCUUAUAUUAUAGUCUGGAAAAAUAAUACCGUUUAAUGUAGUUAUUGAGAACAUCAUAGGUCUUACUUCGCAAGCCCAAAAUGAACUCCAAAUACUUCGUAAAGAAUUACAAAAAUAUAAAUCUCUUAAAUUAACAAACGAACAAGAAACACAUUUACGAACUUAUGUAUGUAUAUUAUACAAUGCAAAUAUAUAUUUAUUUUGAUGCAACUAUUUUAUAAGAAAAAUGCAAUGCUUUACUGUGAUAUGUUUCUUUUUGAAGAAUGACAAAUUUAUCACAAAUUAUCAAAAAGAAAAACAAAAUAAGAAUAAAACCAUAUUGAAAACGUCAUUAAAGGAAAACUUUAAAAUCGUCAAUAAAUCUAUUUCCUUGCCACAUUUAAAUUCAUAUUUAUCUAUCCAAAUUAAUUCUGAAAAAAAUAUACAAUAUAAUGAUAGAUAUUAUCGAGGCUUGUCAUUAUUCGAUCACAUAGAUUCAUUAUCAUGCAAUGCUACAUAUUUAUUGCCAAAAUUAAAAUCAAUUUAUUUUACCUCAAAACAUGAUAAUUUUAAAAGAAAUAAACAUUCAAAUGCAGAAACAGAUACUCUUAUAAAUUUAGAAGAUAAACAUACCCAAGUUGGUAAGUCAGUUAAAAUAAUAAAUUGUAUAUAUAUUUCAUAUAAAUAAUGAUUGAAUAUAUUAAUAAGCAUGUAUAGAAUAUGCUGAUAUAUCUGUGCAAGUGAUAUGGGAUGUUAAUGAGACAGAAACUCAGACUGAUUGUCAAACAGAAUAUACAACAUCUAGUGAAACUAAAAUAUCUUUGAAUAGAGUAUGUAUGUGUGUAUGUGUGCUUUAUUUAUAUAUUUAUUUAUAACAAUAUAUAAUUAUUUUUUUUAAUUAAUUCAAUAAUUUUUAAUUAAUUAAAUAAUUACAUUAUAUAGACUGAAUCACAAAUAUCUACGUAUAAAUAUGAUUAUAAAAAUAAUUAUGGAAUUAAGAAACGAAAAAUAAAUAUUCCUAUAGAUAAAUAUAUAAGAAAAGAUUCCUCUAUUGAAUCUUAUCAUACUGAAAGUGAAUCUGAAUCUAGUAGUAUUACCGAAAGUGAAUUCGAUGUUGAAUUUUAUGUAAAAUCUCACAAAGAGAUUAUUAUACAAAAGGAUAGUGAAAUAAUUGCAUUAAAAAAUGAAUUUGGUGUAAGUUAACAUUACUAUCAUGUAUUUUCAACAUAUUAUUAAAUUGUACUUUAAAGCUUAUUCAUUGUUUAGGCAAAAGAAGCUGAAGUUGAAGAAUUAAAAGAAAUUAAUAAAAAUUUAGGAAUUAUGUUAAAGAAGAAGGAUGAAAACUUGAAUACUUUACGAGGAGGACUUAAAGUUUUACAAGAACAUUUUAUGAAGUUAAAUGAACAGAGAAAUAAUGAAAUGGACGAUAUGAGAAAGAAAUUAUAUACAAAUACGCAUAUAAUGGAACGGUUGAAAAUAGAGCUAAAUAAAAACUAUGAUGUUUCUUUUUUACAAUCACAAGAAAUUGAAAAAUUACGAUCACAUGUUAAAGAUACUGCCAUUUUACUUGCUGAAAGAGAUUCACUUAUGGAAAAACUAAAAGAAACGGAACAUCUUUCAAAAGAAGCAGAAAAUUGUCGAUUUGCUCUUGAUCAAUUAAGAGAAGUUUUACGUGAAAAAGAUGAAUUACAAAAGCAAAAUCUUGAACAAAAAUGCAUACUUAGUGAUCAAGAGGAUGAAAUAAAGCGUCUACUGAUAUUAAUACAGCAAACGUCGAGUACUCAUAAUGAUCAGGAGAAUAGAAUGACCAAUAUAUUAGAAGAGUUACAAACUGAAAUAAUAGAAAAAGAUAAUACAAUUUCAAAAUAUGAAGAACAACUUCAUUGUAUGGAAAAAGAAAUUAAUAAUUUCACAAUUAAGUUAAAAAAUAGUUUGAAUAAUUUAGAAGAAUUUAAAAUCGCAUAUGAAGAUAGUCGUGUAAAAUGUGAACACGAUACUUGUGAACGAACCAAGCGUACAUUAUGCACUGUAAUGGAGGAAUUACAAAGAUCUAAACUGGAACAUAAAGAAUCUUUACAACACAUAAAAAAUGUUAAGAAAUACUCUGAAGAAUCUAUAUGUAGUUCUCACUUGAAUUAUCACUUUAUUUCAUCUAAUUCAAAUUCAGAAGUUGAUGAAUCAAAUAUAAUGAUGUUCAAAAAAACACAGACAUCACAAAAAGAUUUAUUUGCAAAUAUACAACUUAAUUGUGCAGAAACUGAAACUAUUAAUAAUGCGAUAAUGUAUGAAUACAUUGAUUUUGAAAAUCAUUCGAAUAAAGAUACUUCUGAACCAGACUCAUGGAAUUCAGCAAAAACUGAAGUAUCAAUAUUAACUACCAAUAAUAAUGUAAAUAUUGAAAAUACAAUAAUCGAAGAAGUAUCAAAAUCACUUAUAAAAAUGCAAUCUCUUAUGGAGCAAUUACAGAUAUAUACUGAAAAUGAACGGCCAUCUUUAAUUAAACAAAUUCAUAGCCUUUAUAAAUAUUUAAUGGAAAAUAAAUCAGUAAUCGUGUGGUCACCAGAUAAGAACAUUAAAAAGCAACAAAUUUAUGAAUUAUAUAAUAAAUACAAACAAAAUUAUGAAAAACAUAAGCCGUUUAUAAUAUCUUCAAAUAAAGAGUUUCAAAAAACUUUAAUUAAUGAGGAAUUGUUAAAUCUACAUGAUGAGUACAUUGAUAAAAUUUUUACAACUCAAUUUAAACGUUCCAUUAUAAAAAUGAAUGAGUUAUCUACAGCUCUUCAAGGUUUUGGAGAUGAACAUACACAAAUAGUAAAAGAAGUAGUAGAAAAACAACAAAAGAUUUUAGAAAAAGAUACCGAAAUUUCUCGAUUAAAAGAAAAGGUUCGAAUGGGUGAAGGUGAUUGUGUAAGACCAGAAAAAUCAGAAUGGGAUAUAAUUAAAGAAAAUUUCAGAGUACUUGAUAUUGAACUGAAUCAAAAAAAUCAACUGAUAAAAGAAUUACAGGAUAUGCUUACAUCAAAUAAUGUAAAAUUAUCGGCGUAUAUUACAGAAUGUGAUGAGUUAAAAUUUAAGAACAAAAAUCUUAUUGAUAAUAAAAAUUCAUUACUGAAGGAAUGUAGUAUAAGAAGUGACGAAUUGAAAGAAAAAUGUGAAGAGAUAAAUCAAUUAGUAAAGCAAUUACAAAAUUUAAAUGAAAGUAUAAUGAUAACAAAUAACAUGGAAAGAGAAAUUGAACAAUUAAAAAUAAAGUUAUUACUAAAUAUUUUAAUUAUUUCUUUUAUCCUUUAUCUUAUAUAUACAUUUAAUUGUUCUUUUAUAGGUUGA